AUGGAAACAAUCAAAGAGUACUUGGACCAAAUCCGCGUCUUCCAAUAUAGACUAAAGCGGCCGCCGGAGGAGAUCGAUUUCGGCGGCGUGUUUAUCAUACGCGCCACCACUAAGUACGAGGACGACGACAAUGUAACCCACGGCGUCACCGCGCCGUACUGCGUUUCCGACCGGCAAUGCUUGCUUGAUCUCCACAGAACCAAAGAAUUGCUGGGCCAUGCCUUUGAAGAACUAUUCAUGGGUCGUUCGUUUACGAAUCUCAACUCAUUAGUCGAUAAUCUAGCUGAAGACCUACUCUGUCAGUUUCGAUUUAGCCCGGAAUUCUUGAACAGGGAAGACACCCCACCCGUGAUUGUUUCUGAUUUAAUCAUCCCCGUCGAAAGAGGAAAAUCAGAUAAUCAUGAUGACCCUGUUGCGGAGAGUUCAGAAACAGUUCAGACUUUGAUUAUGAGCGAGAAUGAGGCUUUCCAUGAUGAUGAGGAAAUUAAGGUGAUUGAAGAUGAGAUUGAGGAUUAUUUGAAAAACAGCCCAGAAAGAAUUAAUGAUGAAGGGAAGACGAACACGGGAUUGUAUGAAAUCAAGCCGGCUUUAAAAGUUAAAAAAUUUGCUGAAGCUGAUCAAAACCAGGGUACUGAUGAGGGUGAUCAUUCAAUGGUGAAAUUCUGUUCAAUUUGUUUGGACAAGCUCUCUGAGGGUGAAGUUGUUGCUGAAACUACUGCUUGUAGCCAUAUGUUUCAUAGAGCUUGUGUCUUAAACUGGUUGAUUAGGGCUGAUUCUUGUCCGGAGAAAAUGGAGUGGAAUGGUCCAUAUUUUAUUAAUGUAUAUUGGAGAAGUAAGUAUGUUAUAGAGGAUGGAACGAUUAGAACAUUUGAUAACAGAGCAGAUGGCACAUUGUUUAUUGAACGGAAAUUGUCAUAUUCUGAGUUUUUCGCCAGAAUUUGUGAUAAAGCCGGAUGGGAUAGAUAUUCUGUGAAUUUGAGAAUUACAUUGUUGUUUGAAACUAACGAAGCAGGGCCAAGCAGGAGCAGCGAGGAUCGGUUCAUUACCGAGGCUCAAGGCAGAUAUGAAAAUAAUGGACGUGAUUCGGUUCAGGAUGAUGAAUCAGAUGGUACUUAUAUUGAAAGCGAAGAAGAAAGUGAUUAUGAAACAUCUGUGGCGGAUGAAACUGGCAAUGACGAUGCAGAAGAAGAGCCACAACAACAACAGGCAGAAAAAUUAAUCACUUCUUAUCAAGAGUGCAUAACCAGAAAAACGGAAACCCCACCUGGCCAAUCAACGUGUGGAUGGAGGAUGCAUGCGUCUCGUAAGGCUCAUGGUCUUUUUGAAAUGGUAAGCUGGACAGAUCGACACAAUUGUGUGGGACGUACCACAGGAAAUGACAAUCGCAAUAUAACAACCGGCGUGAUUGCCCGACUUAUAAUGCGUAAUGUUGAAACAGACCCAGAUUAUUUAGUGAGGUCAAUAAGAGAUGAUGUGAAGAAACAUUAUAAGUAUUGGGAAAAAUUCUGUGAGUAUGAGAAUACUGCUGCUGGUCACGAUGUGGAAGUGUACGAUGAACCAAACCUUGUAUACAAGGUGACUACCGCCUUGCAUCGUGGUGGUAAAGGCCAGAAUGUUCACACCGUCGAGUAUAGUAAGGCGCGUUGUACUUGUAAAAAGUGGCAAACUUACAGGCUUUCCUGUUCACAUGCCUUGCGUGUGUGCCGAGAAAUUGGUGAUCAUCCAGAGAACAUAAUACAUGAGUAUCAUAAGACAACAACAUGGCAUGAGCAAUUUCGAAAUCCUGGAUUUAUGCCCGUCGCAAGAAAAGAAGAGUGGACCUUUCCAAGCUGGAACCUUGUUCCCGAUUAUAAAAAUCUUGUUCUUUACAGGGGUCCGGGUCGUAUCCAGAAGCGGCGAUACAUGAUGGCAAUGGAUUAUAGGGGUCGACGCAGAAGAUGUAGGAGAUGCGGCGCUACUGACCAUAAAACAAGGGAAUGUCCUCGUUCGUACCGCAGAGCUGAUCGGACAAGAAUAAAUGUCAAUUGGGAUGCUGAUGGUUUUGAAGGCGUAGAAGAAUUGUGGGCGUGGGAGCGUAUCCCUGUGAUACAACCACAGAGGCAAUGUGAUGAAGAAUUUUUCAAGGACCAUGCGUUUGGUGCAAGAUUGAGCUCCAUUGAGGAAGGCCCAUCAUCUAAUGGGCUACCUUUAGCCACUGAUGAUUAUCUUCUGUGGUAUCAAUCCAGGACCGUUAGAUUCAGUACGGAUCCUAGUAAAUAUGACCAAAGGGUGGAGGGUUUUCUUCAUCGGGCAAAAUUAUAUAAGGGCACUUUGAAUGACAUUCUCAAGAAGGUCGAAACGUACAAGGCUAAGAAAUGUUGUUCAAAUGCGACAUGUGAGGAAUUUUUUGAUUCAAUCUCUGUUUUGGCUGAGAAUGCCUUGUCGAUUGUCCCGACAGAGAUGCCUACUUUGUAUCCAAGCCAAGUGGUUCUCCAAAUUCAACCUAAAAGACCCAUAACAGCUGCUAAAUAUCGCAGGGCUAAUAUCCCUAAGGCUGGAAUUGGAGGAAGAAAGAAAGUAGUAGAAUCCAAUGAGUUCUUGGCAAACUUGUUUCAAACUCCGUCUCCCCAGGAACAAACUAUGUUUACUGGGGAACAAACUAUGUUUACUAUGGAGCAGGAACAAACUACUACGGAGCAAGGUAUUGAGAUUGAGGUGACCCCAACUAUAGAGCAAGAUGCUGAGUUUCAGGCAUCCCAAACUUUGCAGCAAUCCAGCCUACCUUUGGCAAAAAGAAAACAGGAUCGGAAACACAGGCCACCUAAAGAGUAUACACCUUCUAGGUCCACGCCGCCAUCGCCGGAGGAGUAA